GCCAAGAACGCCGAGCGCGCCGCGGCCGACAUGUCCAACGUGCUCCACGUGGAGAUCACCACGGCGGCCGACAUGUCCAAGGUGCUCCACGUGGAGAUCACCAAGGAGCAGGCCGGCGAUCUGGAGACCGUGAUUUCCAUCAAGUCCCACACACCGCCGCCGUCGUUCGGCCUCUUCUCCCGGGAGUUCGUGCGCCGGCACGGGCUCCACCUCGUCGGCACCGCGUCGACGUGGCUCCUCCUGGACAUCGCCUACUACUCGCAGAACCUGUUCCAGAAGGACAUCUUCAGCGCCAUCGGGUGGAUCCCGCCGGCGGCGACGAUGAGCGCGCUGGACGAGCUGUUCCACAUCGCGCGGGCCCAGAUCCUGAUCGCGCUCUGCGGCACCGUGCCGGGCUACUGGUUCACCGUCGCCUUCAUCGACUCCGUCGGCCGCUUCAAGAUCCAGCUCAUGGGCUUCUUCAUGAUGACCGCCUUCAUGGUCGGCCUCGCCGUGCCCUACGACUACUGGACGGGCCAGGGCCACCAGGCCGGCUUCGUCGUCAUGUACGCGCUCACCUUCUUCUUCGCCAACUUCGGGCCCAACGCCACCACCUUCAUCGUCCCCGCCGAGAUCUACCCCGCCAGGCUCCGCGCGACGUGCCACGGGAUAUCGGCCGCCUCGGGGAAGGUGGGCGCCAUCAUCGGGUCCUUCGGGUUCUUGUACCUCGCCCAGAGCCCCGACCCGGCCAAGACCGCCCAUGGAUACAAGCCCGGCAUCGGCGUGCGCUACUCCCUCCUCGUGCUCGCUGGGUGCAGCUUGAUGGGGUUCAUGCUCACCUUCCUCGUCCCGGAGCCCAAGGGCAAGUCCUUGGAGGAGAUGUCGCGCGAGACCGAGCCCGACCAUUGCUAG